AUGAGUGUACACUCGCCGUUAACCCUCAGGAAGCUUCACCUCUACAAUGGCCGGAAUCCCCCCGAGAUCCGUGAAACGAAAUAUGCGAUGACUGAGUACAUCAAGACGGAGCCCGAGGCCCAGUACGAAGUGAUGAGCCACUACGCCCGCCCUGGCUACACCGGCCACCGCGCAACGUGCCGCCGCGUCGUCUACCUCGAAACCUACCAUCUCCCGCCGACCACCAAAGAGCACGUCUUCUGGCACGGCCGCGGGCCGUUCCCAGCGGAAUUCUGCCAGCUAGUGUGCCGCGGACAUGGUGGCGACAGGGCUGAACAGGAGUUGAGGUUCAUGUGUCCGGAGUACAUGGAAGGGAUUGAAAAGCAGAUCACGGUCCUGAGCAGCGACUGGUAG